AUGACGACACACACUCACAAGCACAUUCCCACGACGGCGACAUCACAUCCUGACAACCCCAUACCCACAGAGCCCGUCGCCAUUCCACAAGGCAGUAUGUCGCCGUCAAAGCGAUCCGUCCAUUCGCAAUCGCAGUCGCCACGCUCGUCAGGCGACUCUCUUGGCGAGUCAAUGGCCUGGUCUGAGGGAACUCUCGAAUCAGAAAUCUCGACGCCCUCGACAGAACUGCAUGACCAGUUCGAAGACUUGACUCCCAAGGACAAGAAAAGCCCCAUUGAAACAGAGGUCUCCAAGCGCCGUGCCUCAACACACCUCAUCACAUCGACAGCAGACGAUAUUCGCAAGCUACUCGGAACAGGCGAGACCGGCACCAAAUUCCUACAGAAAUACUGCUGUGGAGGUGGCUGCUGCCAACUGAAGACCCUGCCUCCAGACACAGCUCGUCCUGGCUUUAUCCCUGUCGUACUUCCUGACAACGACGCUUUCCGAGGCCUUGGCCUCAAGAUCAAUGCCCUGACCCUUGAUACUGGUCUGAGCGACAUCGUGGAACUUCCUAAGCCCAACAUCUCUCUGGAACCUGUAUCAAAGGAUGAAGCUCCUUCUCACCAGAGCACUGUGGACGUGCACCCGCCCACCUUUGUCCAACCCCAUCCUCCCUACGACGUCUAUUCUGCACCCGUCUUUCACGCUCGCCAGCUCACCAACGAGGGUGCUGAGAAGCGAACCGUACACUUCGAUAUCGACAUCACUGAUUACCCCAAGGAAGGCGAUAUCGACUUCAAGGUUGGUGGCGCCGUAGGUGUCUGUCCUCCCAAUGAGGCAGCUGCCGUGGACAGCAUUUUCAACAGAAUCGGCACCCCCAAGUUCUUGCGCAAUAAACCCGUCAUGCUCAAAACCGCUGGCGGACGCUGGCCCACCAUCUGGGGAGACGAGAUGCCUCGUGAGCUGCUGACCACCCGUAGAGAACUUCUGACCUGGUGCGUAGAUAUUGCAUCUACACCACCCACUAAGCAGUUGUUCCGCGUUCUGGCAGAGUACGCAGACGCAAAGAACGAGCGCAAGAUUCUGGAGUACAUGUCUAGUGCCCAAGGACAAGGCGCUUUCUGCGAUAUCCGCACUGGCCCAAAUAUCACUCUUCUACACCUUUUGGAGGCCUUCCCUUCUUCGAGACCUCCAUUCGAACUGCUUAUGGGCUGCCUCAACCAACUCAUGCCUCGUUUCUAUUCUCUUUCAAACGACCCUCACGUCUCUUCCGAUAGAGAAGGACUUGCUGGAAGACGUCUUGUCGAGAUUGCAGUCACGGUCCACGAGAACCCUGGGUACGACGGAAAGAUGAGGACUGGUGUUGGUUCAGGUUACCUCGAGCGUGUCGCUCGCCACUUCAUCGAUGCUGAGAAAAAGGCAAAGCAAUCGGGUGGCGAAGUUGAGAUGCCGACCGUGCGUAUUCCUAUGUUCCGAGGAUUGAUGGCCAAUCCUCUGUCCAAGAAGUUCGACUCGGAUGGUCCUAUGAUUAUGAUCGGUGCCGGUGUAGGCAUGGCUCCUUUCCGUGGCUUUAUCCUCAAUCGCCUGCGCAACUCAAAGUGUGCCAACAAGAUCUGGCUCAUUCAAGGCGUUCGUGACUCGACUUUGGACGAAAUCUAUUCGGGCGAAUUGGGUGAUCAUGAGAAGCAGAUAAAGAAGGUUGUCCAAUCUCGAGCCAAGCCUCCAGUCGACCAGUCCGAUGCUGGUGUGGUCGACAUUCAGCCCAGAAAGGGUGGCGAGACAACCGGAAAGGUCGUGUCUGAGGUCCAAGCAAACAAGGCAGCCAAGUACGUCCAAGACGAGGUUCGCAUGCAAGCAGAUAUUGUCUGGUUCGUCAUCAAUGCUCUCGAUGGCCGCAUUUUCGUCUGUGGAAGCUCCAGAGGCAUGGGCGAGGGUGUGGAAGAAGCCCUCAUUGACGUGGCCAUGGACAAGGGCAACCUCAACUUCGAGGAGGCCAAGGAUUUCUGGGCCCAAAAGAGAGAUGUCGGUCAAUACGUCGCCGAAACCUGGUAA